CCCGGAAGCACUUACCCUCCACUUCCUCCUCCUGUUUGGUUUCUGUCUCACCUAGAGCCGUCCGGUCGCAGACUGCCUCCGAGACGCUUCCUGUCCGUAACAGAAUCACCAUGAUUCUUCAGAGGCUCUUGAGGUUGUCCUCUGUCGUUCAGUCUGCAAUCUCAGUCCAUUUGAGGAGGAACAUUGGUGUUACGGCAGUGGCAUUUAAGGAACUUGAUCCUAUACAGAAACUCUUCGUGGAUAAGAUUAGAGAAUACAGAACUAAGAGACAGACAUCUGGAGGACCUGUUGAUAUUGGCCCAGAGUAUCAGCAAGAUCUGGAGAGGGAGCUUUUUAAGCUUAAGCAAAUGUACGGUAAAGCAGACAUGAAUACGUUCCCUAACUUCAAAUUUGAAGAUCCCAAAUUUGAAGUCUUGGAAAAACCCCAGUCCUGAAGAAAUAAUGUAAAAUUUAUCUGGUAAUUUGCCGUGGAUAGUUGUACCACUGAUCAGAAGUAUUAGAAUAAACACAGAUUUCACAACUGUCAAAUGUUCUUUUAAUUCUGAUUCCAAAUAAAUUAUUUGCUGAUGUUGAGUGUA